GAAUUCAUUCGCUAAAGACAUCAUUUUAGAAACUACAUUUAACUUGAAACCGUGUAACACAUUUCAGGGGAUAGAAGAUCGACUGUCUUGGAUUAACUGAUAUUGAUAAUAUUAUAAAUUUCAUAACUACGUCACCACAAGAGAAGAAAGAUUAUUAGUGUUCUAACCAGCAGCUAAGAGCGAUAAAUAAUGAAGACCCACAUACUAACAGGGAAACCUGUGCUCACGUCACUAAAACCUUUGGACCUGUCCACAUGUACAAAACAGGAUAUUUUAGAUUAUUUUGAGAAUUCCUACGACUUAUAUGAAACCCUGUUCACGUCAUUGAAUGAUGAUAAUGUCUUCUAUAUGUGUCCAGAUAGACUUCGAUUGCCUCUUAUAUUCUAUUUUGCUCAUACAGCCGUUGUCUAUGUCAAUAAACUGAUGUUGGCAAGACUUUUAAAGGAAAGAGUUAAUAUAGAGUUUGAGACGAUGUUUGAGACAGGAGUAGAUGAGAUGUCUUGGGAUGAUACUGAAAAUUAUCGUAUGGGGGGAAGUUAUAAAUGGCCGUCUAUCCAGACUGUUGUAGAAUAUCGUCAACAAGUUCGAAAUAUUAUAAAGAACAUUAUACAAGAAACUCCAUUACAAUUACCAAUUACUAUGGACAGUCCUUGGUGGGCAAUGGUGAUGGGAUUUGAACAUGAUCGUAUUCAUUUGGAAACUUCGUCAGUUCUGAUUCGUCAACUGCCUGUUGACAUGGUAACCAAACCUGAUGGAUGGAUUUACGGACCCAUGAAACAUGAUCAAGGUGUAAAGGAGAACCCUAUCAUACAAAUGGAAGCCACGGAUGUUACUUUGGGUAAACCAGAAAACUUCCCAUCCUAUGGCUGGGAUAAUGAAUAUGGAUUGUUCGAUUGUCAUGUGCCUCGCUUUGAGUCAACUAAAUAUCCUAUCACCAAUAGGUGGUUCUUAGAAUUUGUAAAAGAUGGUGGUUAUAACAAACGUGAACUUUGGACAGAAGAUGGUUGGCAAUGGAAAGAAUUUAAACAAGCUAAACAUCCAUCAUUUUGGGUCUGCAAUAAGGGAUGUAAAGGUAACUGUGGUGCCAGUCUCACUGAUUAUUCUCACUGCCAACCUUCUAAUAAUAACAACGACUUUCACAACAAAAAUAAACAAGGCGUGUCCGGCUAUUGGUAUCGUGCUAUGUUUGAUGAAUUAGAUCUACCCAUGGAUUGGCCUGUUGAAGUAACAUAUCAUGAAGCUAAGGCAUACUGUGCUUGGAAAGGUCCGGAAUUUAGACUACCCGCUGAAGCUGAACGUCAUGUGAUGCGAGGUUCUGAGAAAACAGAAACUGAGAGUACAUCAUGUGAUAUAAUUUAUCAAGAUACAAUACCAGCUAAUCUGAACAUGCAGUAUGGAUCAUCUACCCCUGUAAAUCUCUAUCCUGCCAAUGAUGUCGGUUUCUGUGAUGUUUAUGGUAAUGCAUGGGAAUGGCAUGAAGACCAUUUUAAUGGAUUUAAUGGAUUCCAUACACACCACCUAUAUGACGAUUUCUCGUCACCCUGUUUUGACGGCAAACACUAUAUGAUACUGGGUGGUUCCUGGAUAUCUACAGGAGAUCUGGCUUCACGAUUUGCUCGCUACGCUUUCCGUCCACAUUUUAUUCAACAUCUUGGUUUCCGUGUGGUAAGAAAUACACACAACUCUGAACAGGCUAACCUACCAAUCCGAGUUAUAUCCAAUGAUACGUUUGUACUGGGUCUUGGUGAAACUAAGAGUAAUAUCAAUUUUGAUACAACCGAAGUAGAAUUAGUGGCGGUGCCUUCUACCAAUUACCACUAUGUCUACGAAUCUGAUGUCUCAUUAUUUGGGAUACUUCAAUUAGAAUUUGGAUUUCGGGAAAGUAUGCCUAGAGUUCUAGCAGAGUACACUUCUAUGUUGACCAAAUUAUUUGACAUUGUUCCUGGCACCUGUGCUGUGUUUGGUUCUGGUGCCGGACAAUUGGCUUUUCUACUGAGUAGAAAUUACGACACUGUUUUAGGUGUCGAAAUAUGUGCCCGGUUUGUUGACGCAUCAAUCAAACUACAAACUAACCAAAGUCUUUCAGUGCCUGAUACUUACAAUCAGAACCAGACAUUUACCCUAGAUUCUGAUGUUAAAACCAAAAAUAUUGUCUUCAAGCAGUUGACAUGGAUACCAAACGAAAUUAAUCCAAAUGACUUGGUGUUAAUGACUCAUCUACAUAGAGUUCAAAACCCUCAAGCCUGGUUAUUGAGACUAUGGGAGAUUACCAAACCAACUGGACUCGCUGUCAUUGCUUCUAUUGAUAACAGAUGGACACCCAAGGAACUUAGUCCAAUUCUUUCUGAUAAGCUCCAACUUGUCAGAUGUGAUGAAAUUGAAUUUGAAACUGACAAAAGCCGCCUUACAGCUACAGUUACCGCAUGGAAGCAUCAUUAGGGGCCACGCUCAAACACGCCUUAAUAACAGACCAAAAUUUUGUUUAUUUUACUUUUUAAAAAUAUUCUGCCAUAUUUUAUCUUAUUAAUAUAAAUGGUUUUGGAGCUGUAGGGAUAGCUCAAUUUUUACACUUUUGUGUUUUAGCUUUUUAACAUUAUUUUACUAAUGACUAUUAUUAUACACUUACUGACCAGCAUUUGCUGAUGAUAAUCAUAUAACAUAUGUAAUUUAGUUUAUUAAAUAUGUUAAUUUACAUGUUGCCUUGUAACUCUGAAGGAGAAGGCGAGGGAGGGGGACACAUCGAACUGACAAUAAAGUAAUUACUAAUAUCUCCAAUGUUAACUAGAGCUGAAUAGUAUUUAAACUUCAAGUAGUAAAGCGCUUAAACAUUUAUUAGAAAUAAUCAGCACUUUAUUUUUAAACACCGUUUGGCCACAUUAUGCGUUUGUAAAAUAAACAAACAAUAAAAACCAUUCUGUUAUUUUUAAAUAUAUAUGUUUAGAUUAGUAAUUCUUUAUAUAAUGAAAAAAUGGGGUAACGGGCGGAGAAUUCUAUAUAAAUUUAAUUGGGUUUAUGGUUGACGAUCUGAGAAAUUUAAAAUAUAUAAUGACAACGUAAAUACCAAUGAAAGGGCAAUGGUUAAAAUGUUUUAAUGUCUUAUUUACAAACUUUCUUGUUGUAUUUUAAUAAAAAUAAAAAGAUAAUUUUCA